CAGUAUUUUUGUUGUUUAUCUCACAAAACAUAUGAUUUGCAAAACACCACACAUUUUGCACUCAAAUAAGUCAUUCAUUUGAUCCAUAGUUUCGUUUGAUUAGCAUUUAGUGGUCACUCGUAUGUCAGUACUGGUCAUCCGGCAACUGAUCCGCCGCUCAAGACAUCCACUCAACGCGUACGCCAACCGUAAGGCCAUUACACAUACACCGCGUGUGCGCCUAUCAAUGAACACCAACACCACCGCCGAUGACAACAGCGGUCGCACCGGUAGGGGAGAGGCGGACGGCGCCGAACAGUUGACAGGAGGUACGGGCGCUGCGGGCGCCGGUAUCGCGUCGGUUCAGGUGGGAACUGGCGGUCAACAACCGGUGCCCAAACAGUGGCGCCCGAACCCGGAGCUCAUGUCGCUGUUGACGGAUAUGGGUAUCAGUGGUGUGGCCGCCAAGAAGGCGCUGUACUAUACGGACAACCAGUCCAUCGAGUUGGCCACCAAUUGGAUCUUCGAGAACCCCUCGCAAGACUUGGACACGCCGUUGGAGUUGGAGCUCAAUGUCGGCCCUAAUAUACCGGCGCCCGGUGUGAGGGCUGCGGCCACUGGCGCCGAGUCGGGCCUAAUGUCAGGUGCGAUAGGGUUUGGGUUUGUGGUUGUGUUUUGA